AUGCUUGAAAACGAAAAUGCACAAAAUAUACGUUAUGACUUUGAUUGUGUAUACUUAAUAAAAUCCCUGAACCAGAAACACCAAGAUUACUGCUAUAUUGGUACAACCCCGGAUCCUCAAAAGCGUCUAAGACAACAUAAUGGUGAAAUUGCCGCUGGCGCCGAGAGGACCAAAGGAAAACGGCCUUGGAAAUUUGUUUUGAUCGUUUAUGGAUUUCCUAAUAAAAAGGCUGCAUUGCAGUUUGAGUGGGCGUGGCAACAUCCCUAUCUCAGUAGACAUUUAAAAAAUUCUAAUUAUCGGAAAAAUGACAACACAAUAAAGACAAAACUUAGCGUGCUUCAGGAAAUGCUAAGCGUUAACGCUUUUAGCCGGUGGUCGCUACAUUUGCACACUGUGAUACCUAUUAAAGAUUUGGCUGAUAUUGUAAGCCCAGUAUUUGACAUAGGGCAAUUGCCAAAGCACAUGAAAGUUACACAAGGUUCAUUUGAAGACUAUCAAAAAAAUUAUGGCGACAAAUACGCUUUCUCUUACGUUAAUGGUAUUCCACGAGAACAACGUCUUGCCCAUCAACUUAAAAAACAUGAUGAGAAUAUGAAAAACAAAUCGGGUUGUUACGUUUGUCAUGAAAGCUUCGCGUUACUGAAAGAUAAGGUUUUUUAUUCGCUAUGUUCUGGAUUAGUUGCCGGCGGUGUCGAAGCAACCAUUACAGUGGGUAUUUCGUCCUUUAAAUGCUAUCACGACGUGCUUCGUGUAAUAUGUUUUAACUUGAACGACUUACGCUCUCUUGUGCAGUAUCCAACUGAAUAUGUAAAGACGCAAUUACAACUACAGGAUGGUUCCCCCACUGGAAAAAAAUUUAAAGGCCCGAUUGACUGUGUAGUAAAAACAGUCCGAACACAAGGAGUGUUUGCACUCUAUCGUGGAUUAUCGGCCUUAGUAAUAGGCACUGCAGCAAAAGCUGGUGUUCGGUUUUUUACUUAUGACCAGAUUAAAACUCUACUAGCAGAUCAGAAUGGACAUGUUUCAGGGCCUAGAUCUAUGCUUGCCGGAUUGGGCGCGGGAAUGGUGGAAGCCAUCACUGUGGUGACUCCAACAGAGACUAUAAAAACUAAGCUGAUUCACGAUGCAAAUCGACCUGAGCCACGAUAUAAAGGGCUAUCACAUGGUAUUCGUAGAAUCGUAGCGGAAGAAGGACUUGGCGGAAUAUAUCGCGGUCUAUUUCCAGUAAUGAUGCGUCAAGGGGCAAAUCAGGCAGUACGUUUUUCUACAUAUUCUACUUUGAAACAAGAAUUCCAAAAAUAUUCAUCACCAGGACAACCGCUUCCAUGGGCAGUAACGUUUGGAAUAGGAGCGAUCGCUGGCAUAGUGACGGUGUACACAACUAUGCCUCUCGAUGUUGUAAAGACAAAAAUGCAAGGCCUAAAAGCGAAAGAGUUGUAUAAAAACAGUUUUCAUUGUGGAUGGAAGGUUCUAACUGAAGAAGGUGUUAUGGCAUUUUGGAAAGGGGCAACUCCAAGAUUGGGAAGAUUACUGCUUUCCGGAGGUAUUAUCUUUACAGUUUAUGAGCAAGUAAUGGAAUUGUUUCGAAAACUGGAAAGGGUUCAGAUGAUAUCCAAAUAA